AUGGCGACUACAGCUACAACUACGAUAAAGGUCCUUUCGGUCGAGCCCGAAGCGUCCACCGUCUCGUCCGACCUCCAACUACAGCAACAGCAACAACCAAACCAACCACUACCUACAGUAUCCUCGGCACGAACAAUUGAGCCCCUCAACAUCGAAUCUACUACAGACAUAGCGGCCACCUAUCCAACAGGCACCAAAUUUUGGUUCACUAUCAUUGCACUAUGCGUUGUUCUGAUCCUCGGAGGCCUAGACGCCAACAUUGUCGCUACAGCCGUACCGAGCAUCACUAACCACUUCCACACUGUCGCCGACGUGGGAUGGUACUCAUCCGCAUUUCGACUCUGCACCUGUGCGUUCCAAUUCGGCUUCGCGAAGCUGUAUAAGCUCUUCUCAAUCAAGACCAUCUUCUUAAUAAGCAUUGUUAUAUUCCUCGUCGGCUCUUUACUCUGUGCUACGGCUGCUUCCUCGAUUAUGUUCAUUGUAGGGCGAGCAGUGACGGGUCUGGGGUUCUCGGGUGAACUGGCUGGGUGUUUUGCAGUUAUUGUGCACAUUCUACCGCUCAACAAGCGACCUGUGUUUGCGGGUUUGAUGGCGUGUGUGGAAUCGCUUGCUAUCAUUGCGGCACCUAUGGUAGGUGGUGCAUUGACGCAGUCUCUGGGGUGGAGAUGGUGUUUUUGGAUCAAUCUUCCUAUUGGCGGGUUAUCGCUGUUGGCUAUGUUUUUCCUCUUCUCGGACCCCAGAACCCGUCAAGAGGACGACAUGACACUAUCUCAGAAAAUCAGAGAGCUGGACCUUGUCAGCAACUGCUUGUUCAUCCCAUCCUUAACAGCACUCUUCGUCGCGCUGUCUUGGGCGGGAACAAAGUAUCCCUGGUCAGAUGGGAAAGUGAUUGCAUUGUUCGUUGUAUUUGGUGUGUUACUCGCUGCUUUUGUCUUCAAUCAAUACAGACGCGGAGACUCAGCAGCACUCCCUUUCCGAAUUAUCAAAAGCCGGAGUGUUAUUGCGGGCUUCAUCUUCACGACGUGCACUAAUUCGAUGACGAACGUCUUGGAGUGGUACUUACCAACAUACUAUCAAGUUGUUCGAUCCCGGACUCCAAGCGAGAGCGGGUACCUAAUGAUCCCCAUCCUCGUCGGAAUGAUGCUCGGACUCUUUCUCCAAGGCCUCGGUACCACCACGUUCGGCUACUAUGCCCCCUUUAUGAUCUUCGCCUCUGUGUGCAUGCCAAUUGCCGCAGGAUUAAUGACAACAUACGAUAUGCACACAUCCCUAACCAAGAUAAUACUCUGUUCCGGAUUCGUUGGCUUCGGCGGUGGCAUCGGCUUCCAAGCGCCCCAAGCAGCUGUUCAGACAACGCUAAGCGUCGCAGAUGUUAACCUUGGGAUUGGGGUCAUCUUGUUCGGACAGAGUAUGGGUCCGGCGGUUUUUAUCGCUAUUGCGCAGGUUCUAUUCACGAAUCAGUUGUCCUCGAGUUUAGCAGAUGUUGUGCCAGGCUUAACUCCUAAGUUUAUUGAAGAGCACGGACUGGGCGAUAUCAAGAAUGGGGUUCCUAUGCAGCGUUGGGAUGAGGUCUUGGGUGGUAUCGACCGGAGCUUGACUCGUACUUGGUACGUUUCUGUUGCGUUGGCUUGUAUGACGAUGGUGGGGAGUCUUUUGAUUGAAUGGCGGUCGGUUAAGCAGAAACAGUUGUGA